AUGACCUGCCAGGGCGAGGAGGGUACACCGUUACCCUACACUGCCUCGCCGAUCAAACUACUAUGGAACGACCUACUGUUAUUCGUGAGCCUCAUCAGGUACCUGCCAGGCAUCUUCCUACCCCUGCACCUAUGUCGCACCGACCCUCUAGAUGAGUUCUACCCAUCGAUUCACAAUAUAUUCAUCGUGGGAGUCCAUUUAUUUCUCAUGGUAUUCCAGGUGGUAUUCCUGAUCUCUCUUCCGCUCCUGGUGAUUUGCCUGGUCCCCGGGCUUUGGAUCCUGGCUUACACGAUUCUUGGACUGGCAUUCAGUUACACAGCCGUCAUGGUGUUGUUAAAUGGCUUCGAGCAAGUUUUGGUUUCUCAAGUACCCGUGGCCGAGCAGCCAGGGCACGAUCGGGAAUGUUGGUUGUAUAUAAAUGGGAUUGCGGCGGGGCACCGAUGGGUCCAGAUGAAUGUCGAUCAGCUGUCAUAUACAUUUGGUCGGAAAGUGACAGGGGUCCACAAUCGCACCGCUGGUAUUGUGUUUGAUCUGAUUGAAUGUUUGAUUCAACGAGAUUUCUCAUAUGCCACCGGCGAUAUCCGCCGGGCAUAUGCGCUAGUGAAGAAAGCGCUCUUGGACCCGGAAUGCGACAAGGUCGUUUUACUACUUCAUAGCCAAGGUGGGAUCGAAGGCGGACUAAUCAUCGACUGGCUUUUGGAUGAAUUACCGCAUGCUCUGCUCCGCCACCUGGAGGUGUAUACUUUCGGCAAUGCGGCGAAUCAUUUCAAUAAUCCGCGCUGGACGAAACUGGCAAGACCCGAGUUGCUUCAGACGCCUGAUCUUGUGCAUCAAUUUGGCCAAUCUAUAGGUCAUAUUGAGCAUUACGCUAACUCGGGCGAUAUCGUGGCUCUCGGGGGUGUACUUCACUUUGUGGACAUUCCUAAUCGAUAUAUGGGUCGGCUAUUUGUUCGUCCGAAUUCAGGGCAUCUGCUCAAUAUGCACUACUUGAGCACUAUGUUCACUCUCGGUCCGGAUAUGAAAGUCCUUGAAUCGAAUCCGUUCAUGGAUAUGGAGGUCGAGCCGUGGGCAACGGCUGGAAUCAAUGGAUACAGUGGUCCUCCGCACAGGGUGCGGUAUCGACCUACUGUCGCCCGAGACGAGGCUUUUCUUCCCGCUGCCUUGAGUCGGCAGCAGUUCCAACCAAAUGGAACCAGUCGAGUCCUGCGUGUGAAGGAUUUCAGUCGGCUUUGGCAGUAUAGGAAUGGAGGAUCUCCCCGCGAGCACAGGCCGAUCGAUCAACAGGAUGAUUUUUUCUCUUGA